AAUAAUGUUAGUGUAUUUGUGAAUUCAUAAUUUUAUUUUGGAUGGAGUACUUUAUAACGAAUUGGAAUUUCCAUUAUAUUUAAUUCUGUGAAGCGAUUACUUUGCAGUGACGCCACCGAUACCAACAUAAUCAUGAACCAAGCUUAUUUUUUGUCUCGUAUUUUGGUUUGAAAAUGAAAGAGAUGGUAGGUUGCUUCCGGACUAAAGAUAGUAGCGAUUAAUAUUAGCCAAUCAGAGAAAGCGUUUUGAAAUAUAUUCCAGCGUCGUUGGCGUUUCGUUUGUGGAGUGAAUGCUUGUGGACUUAUAGCGUGCGUGUGUAUGUAUAAUUGAAGUUGUUUGUUUAUUGUUGGGUUCCAUUCAUUCUUAUAAUAAAUUUUAGCGUCGAUCGGUAAAUAAAGAAACCGAUCUCCUAACAUUGAUUAAAAUUAUAUCCAUGAGUGCAAACAAGAAUUGCUAGCAUGUCUACGAGAAGUGGUCGGAUAAGACCUGGUAUAAAAGAAACGAGUCCCCCGCGGACACGUAAAGGAGUAUCGCCGAACAGAUCUCCCGCCAGAACGAGGAAAAGUUCCCCAGCUCGGAAAAGUUCGCCAGCGCGGAAGAGUUCGCCAGCGCGAAAAACUUCACCUUCGGCGCGAACUCGCAAGUCGCCUUCUCGUAAGUCACCGAGUCGAAAAUCAGCGUCUCAAUUUCCCGCGCGCAAAUCGCCGUCGAGAGCUACCAAGACAGUUGAAACAGCCACGUCCAAAUCACCAGUUAAGCGUCCAGCAAUUAAAACACCAAAAACCGAUGUGUCAGUGAAAUUGGAAGAUUUGAGUAGUAAACUAGAAAUUUACCGCGGCACCCGUUCUAAGCGCAUAGAAUAUUCUAUUGGAGAUAUUACAAGUGCACAAACAGAUAAUUUCUCUGAUAUCACUAAGCUGAAUGGUUUGGAAUCAAAUUUUGACGAAAUUUAUGGAUUGAGAAAUAGAAAACUGGUGGAUGAAGCACAGCCUCGUCGGUCUAGUAGGCUUAGAGAAUUUAUUGAUAAUGUGCCCGAUAUCAGAAGAAGCCUUAGUAAGUCGGUUAGCAAGUCAGUCAGUAAAUCGAUCAGUCAAUCAAUUGACACAUUAUCUGAUGAGGAUUCUGAGGAUGAUAUACAAAGAGAGAAAUCACGGUCGGUGACAAGGAAACUGGCAACUCCUGUUCGGAGUAGUGGGGCUAAGUUGACCGUGAUUGGUAGUCGAUGGGAGUUUGGUGGUCGAGUUGGAUCUGCAUUAUUGAUUUUAUUAAUACCCCUUACAGUGUUAUCAAUUAUAAUUUCAUGUACCAAAUUGUGUUCUCUGACUUCACUUCUUGAUCUGCGUCCAUUAACUUCCCUUUCAACUUGGUGUAGUUUACAGGCAUUUGGUGUUAUCCUUACUCAAUUUAUUGUACAAGCAAUUUUUGCUAUUGUGCCACUAUUUGGUACAAAGUCUGAUAAGAUGGAUGGAACUGGAACUAAGUAUACAUUUAAUGGAUUUUUUGCAAGCUUUUUCACUAUAAAUACAUUAUUUGUAUUGGAUUUUUUUGGUCUGUUCAACAAAGAUGCUUUGCUGAAUGAUUACCUGCGAUUGGCUGUUGCCUCCUAUGUCUGUGCAGUUGUGUUGAGUGUAAUACUACAUUUUAAACGUCCUACGGCUGAUGAGAAUGAAUUGAAUCCAUAUGGCACCACUGGCUAUAAGUUAUAUGACUUCUUUAUGGGCAAAGAGAUCCAUCCACAUAUAAAGAGAUUGGAUGUCAAAGUUUGGAUAUCAAGGGUCUGCAACAUAAAUGCUCUCAUUUUGGCGAUCAUUAUAUUCAAACAUGGUUUUCAUCUGCAAGUGAAGGAGAAUCAAGCUUUAACAUUAGAAAAUUAUAAAGAAGUUAUCAGUCAAGUGAAUCUGAAGCCUACAAUAUUGACUUUUGCUUUAAUGCAAAUAACUUAUAUCCUCAACUUUAUAUUGAGGGAAUAUAAGAUAACAACAACAUUUUUCUGGCAAUCUGAAGGAGUAGGAUACCUGCAGACAGUGUCAAGCGCCCUCUAUCCAUUUCUUUUCACAACAGUAUCCAAGUUUGUGGUCGAUAGUAAAUUAUCUCUAUCAACUAACACCUUAAUCUCUGCUUCUGUAAUAUAUGUGCUGGGAUUCUUCAUAAUGCUUCUUAGUAACAGUAUUAAAUAUGAGUUCAGGAAAGAUCCACUACAACCCAGCUUAGCAAACCUAGACUCGAUGCCUACUUUUCAUGGAAAAAAGUUGCUUGUGGCUGGCCUCUGGGGCAUCGUGCGUCAUCCGAACUACACUGGCGAUAUUUUGAUCCACAUUGCGUUGGCGUUACCAGGUAUACUGAGUCAGCAAUUUGUUGCCGUUGCCCCGUCGGCGAUAUGUAUUCUGGUACUGAUGCAUCGCUCGUGGCGAGAUCAUGCUCGUUGCAAACGUCGCUACGGCGCAGCGUGGCAGCGGUACUGCAAGCGGGUGCCGUCUGUUCUCAUACCGAAGGUGCUAUAACUGGUACCAGAGUAUGUUGUUGACUUUUAUUAAUAACUUGUAAUUUGUUUCUACUAGUUUUAACAUGUCUUUCUAACGAAAUAUGUCAUUUAAAAAUAAUCUCGAAUAGUCAUUCAACACAUAUUUUUAUAUUAUUUUAUCCCAGUUAAUUUCUUCAUGGAAAGGAGUUAUGACUUAUUAUAUUUUUACUCCUUCACACUUUUAAAAAGUCAUAAGAGUUGAUUUUGGGAAUGACGCAAGGCGCCCCAGUGUAAGAGAUGAGAAACUUGAAAUAAAACGCUGUAUAAUAGUAUAAGACGCAGCCAGCGUGUUUAGCAGCAGCAUUUUAAUCGUUGGAGACAUGUUAAGACAACUUAAAAAAAAGAUUAUAGUAUAGAUUACGCGUCAUCCCAAUGACAAUUAGUUUUUAUAUUUGAGUAGAGGACAUUCAAGAUAUUUUGUACAUAAAAAAAUAUGUAUACAUAACAAAUGUUUAUUAUCGAAAAGAUAUAAUUAAUUUUAUAGUUAAAGAUCUCGAGUAGCUAGUAAUUUCUUUAAUAUUUUUUAUAUUACAUAAUAUUAUGUAAUUAGGUUGUUACUGAGAUUAUUAUGCUGCCAUAAAUAUACCACCGGAAAAAAUCUUACAAAUUAGACUUUUGGACUUAUGUAUUACAAAUUAGCUCUCUUGAACUUAUUUGGCGAAUUGUUACUUUUAUAUAAAUGGUGGGGUUAUAAUAGCUUUUAUUUUAUAAUAGUUUAGAUACUAUUGGUAUGAUUAUGCACAAAUUAUUUUAAUAAUUCAGUGAAAAACUGUCUAAUUUCUCGAAUAAUUGGAUUUUAUUUUUAAGACAUUAACUGUAAAAAUCUAUAUGAAUUUUAAAGUUAACAUGAUCUAUGUUUUAAAAUCUAGAAUUAGUAGUUAUUAAUAUACAUUGCAAUUUUUAUUUUAAUUAAGUAAUGCAAUUAAAUGAAUCUGGACAAUUUUUAUAUUAGUUAUAAUUUUAAUUUGUAUUUAUAAUAAUAUUAUAUAAUUAAUAUUAUAUAAUUUUUAUUUUACUUAAUUGUGUGUGAAUAGUAUAGGUAUUAUAUUAUGUUUUUACAAGUGUGCCCCAUUAUUUACCCCAAGCUUUUUUAAGCAUUAUAAGUAGUAGUAAAAACUGAUGCUCAUUAUUAUUGUUAAAAGACAUAUCAGACUUAUUAUUGUAAAACACAGUUGGUGUUGUGACUCCUUGGUGGAAAUUUAUUAUAUCGAUUAUGUAACAUAUACAAGUAAUAAAAAAAGUACAAGUAUUUUAAAUAUUAUAUAAUCGAUAUUGUGAAUCAUAUUGCUCAAGUAAAAUUGCAAUUUUCAAUUAUACUUAUAGAUCUACUUAACUUGUUCCGCCUCCCUUUUGGAUCGUAUUUUACUUAAAUGUAAUUCAAAUGCUUGCCAUUCUCGCACAUUAUAUGUUUUUUUAAAUGUUCAAGUUUAUCCAUAUGACGUUAAUAUUGAAUGUAAUAAAUCGCAAAAUGCAAUACUAUGAGCACAUUUAGGUUAUUUUAUGUAUUUGAAGGCUAUUUUAAUUUACUUGUAAUGAAUUUUAUUACUGUCGAAAAUACUAGUUAAUAAAUAU